AUGCCAGACUCUUUCUUCGCGUCAGCAAAAACCAGGAAACGGAAGCGGUCCGUCAGCACAGUCGAAGGAGGCAGGGGUGUAAAGAAGGUCCUCCGCAAGAGCAAAGCUAGUCCUCAGGACGCAAAACUUACCAAUGCAAGCACAAGGAGAGGAGUGAGGAAAGCUGCAGAUGAAGAAUUGAACUCGGACAGAACAGAUUCGGAGGGCGGUGGUGUAGAUGACAUUGAUUUGCGCGCGGAAAUUGAGCCCGAGACGAGUGGUGAUGAAGAUGAACAGGAAACCCCAGCGGAGAAGCGAUUACGAUUGGCGAAACUUUACCUGGAAAGUGUGAAGGAUGGCCUAGCCGAAGGAGAAUUUGAUGCGGCUGAGAUUGAUAGAGAGCUGAUAUCAGAACGACUGCGACAAGAUGUCCUUGAGCACUCUGGCAAAGUUCAUCUCUUUGUGGCAGACUUUUAUGAUCUCACCUCGACAUCAACUCUGCGAUGCAGGGGUCAUCGUUUCUCUGUUACUUCUGCGGUCGCGUCGGACGAUGUCAGGUAUCUAUUCACGUCAGGGAAAGAGGGAACCAUCAAUAAGUGGUCCCUGCAGACCGGGAAAAAGAUGGCGACAUUUUACAAACAGCGUGUCGCCAAAGGCAAAGAGAAGGCGCUCCCUCAGGAUAUUCAAGGACAUACGGACGAGAUCCUCUCUCUGGCCAUAAGCAGUGAUGGUCGAUACCUCGCAAGCGGAUCUAAAGAUCGAAGAGUGGGCGUCUGGGAUGUGGAAAAAGAGGAAUGGGUGAAGGGUUUUGGGGGGCAUAAGGAUUCGGUUUCAAGCGUUGCAUUCCGGAAGGGCACACAGCAGCUGUAUACUGGUUCAUUUGAUCGGACUGUCAAGUUGUUCGACCUCUCAGUGAUGGGAUAUGUAGAAACACUCUUUGGACACCAGGAUACCAUCCACUCUCUGGACGCGCUCCGAGGAGAAACUGCUGUUACGGCUGGAGCUAGAGAUCGAACGAUCCGAUUCUGGAAAAUUGCAGAUGAAAGUCAGCUGGUCUUUCGCGGCGGUGGAAAAAGUGCAAUACGGGAGUUGCUUGAGGGAGGUGCGUUUGAGGGCCACGAAGAUGAGGAACACGUGAACGGGGUGGAUGUUGACGGUCAGAAAUCGAACAAAGGCAAGGAAAAGAUGAAGGAGAGCAGAUAUGCGGAAGGAAGUAUUGAGUGUGUCGCAAUGAUCGAUGAAACUACGUUUGUGAGCGGGGGAGAUACUGGCUCAAUAUGUCUUUGGAACACCCAAAAGAAAAAACCUGUUUACACACAGACACUGUGCCAUGGGUUCCACGAAGUACAGUCCUCAACCGAGGGGCUUGUGCGAACACCACGCUGGAUAACGGCUGUUGCAUCACUGCGCUAUUCAGAUAUGUUCACUUCCGGCUCAUGGGAUGGCGCUGUGCGUCUUUGGAAGCUUGACCAGAAACUCAGAUCAUUUUCACUGGUUGGCUCGAUACCUGCACCCGGUGUUUGUAACUCCCUGCAACUUCUCGUCUUACCCAAAGGCGCACUGGAGAAUGCCUCCUGGAGAGAAAAAGAACAGCGGCCUCUCACAAAGAGCCCAGUUCAACCUGCAUUAUUAGUUGUUGGCUUAGGACAGGAGCAUCGACUGGGAAGGUGGCUGAGCGUGAAGGAGGGAGUCACGAAUGCGACAACAGUUCACAUCAUAUAUCCUCGGACAUAG